AUGAACGAUGCCGCAGUUGAGACAACUGAUGUCUCACCAAGUCAGCACCCACAACGGCCGUGCAAAGCGCGAUCACGUAUCAGCGCCGCCUGCGUACGAUGUCAGAAGCGGAAAAUUCGGUGUGAUGGAGCAUUGCCGGCUUGUGGUGCAUGUCGAAAAGCAGGAGCGAAUUGCGUGGGUGGGGGAACAUCUCGAGAUAUCCCUCGAAGCUAUGUGCACGACUUGGAGGCUCGAGUUGCUUGGCUCGAAUCCAUUGUUCGGGAAAAUAUUCCCAGUGUCGACCUAAACAGAGGGCCACGUUUUCGAUCCCAUGGCACACCUAGCAGUCGAUCUAGGGAGGCCGAUCUAUCUCAAUCUCAGCAUGAAGAUGGGGCUCACGACAGCUAUUCUCAGGACGACGAGUCACUUAGCGAUAUCACACAUCAGAUUGGACUCGUCUCCGUCGCCACGGGAGCAGAUCUCCGUUACCUGGGCCCUUCCAGCGGAUUGUUUUUCACCAGAUUCGUCUUAGCCGGACUGGGACGAAAGAUCCAAGUUGAGAGACAGUACCCGCCUGAACCUACGAGGGAUCGAGAAACGAUCCCCGCCGAUCUCCUCAUCAUUCAACCCCAAGAGUUGCCGUCAGAUCACAGACAUGCGCGGUGGUUGUCCCAGGCGUAUUUCGAAAACGUUCACAUGCAAUUUCCCUUCUUGCAUGAAUCUACAUAUAUGGAAAUCCUCGCACAACUGUAUGCUGGUGCUGAGGUCGGGCCAACAUGCGAAUUUCAGGUUUUCAUGGUCCUGGCAAUCGGUGCCACUAUUCUGGCACGCCGAGCCAAAGUACCCCUAUGCGCGGAAGGCUACUGCGCUUCGGCAAUGAGUCGGCUCGAUAACAUCUUCCAAAGGGCGUCUUUCACAGGGGUUCAAUGCAUCUUGCUUCUGCAGAUGUAUACCAUGAACAAUCCGUCAUCUGGACUGAGUCUCUGGUCUCUUCAUUACCAUUGUCUGGCAUGGACAAUAGAGCUGGGUUUGCAGCGCAAUGCUCCCAGAAACUUAUUUUCUGUUGUCGAGCGAGAGCUGCGAACCAGAGUUUUCUGGUGUGUUUACACGAUUGAUCGCAUCCUGUGCACUAUCAUGGGAAGGCCACUGGGGUUAAUUGACGAGCAGUGCGAUUUGACGUUACCUUUGGAUACCAACGACAAGGAUCUUGAAUCGAGCCAAAAACAGCCCGGUCAGAGUAUUGACUCUCUGACGAACUUGUCCAGUGCAAUCCACCUCUUCAAGCUUGCAAGAUUCAACUCGGAAAUAAAAUGUGUCUUGUACUGUGUUGGUCGGCAAUACCCACCGUACACGCAACCAGCUACCAGUGAUGUCGCUCGAUGGAGAGAGGAUAUGUUGAAUCGACUUCGGAAAUGGAAGGAGGAUAUCCCGCGACAACCAGAAGGCAGCGAACGGUGUUAUAUAAAUCACCUCUGCGAAAUCAAAUACCACGAGCUCAUCAUGCUGGUUCUCCGACCGAACCCUGUUUUCCAGCAUCCCACCAAGGCAGCUCUCCGCGAAUGUUUUGCAAGUGCCAUGAAGUGCAGCAAGCUCUACCACAAACUCUACACCGCCAACAAGCUUCAUUACAGUUGGAUCAGCGCUCAUUCGCUUUUCCUCUGCGUUAUCACCAUGUUUUACUGCGUCUGGACACCUAAUGGAAUUGCUGAUGAAGUCGAAGCCGAAACACUUAUGAGAGCGCUAAAAUCGACGUCCGACAUUCUCAGCGCAACAGGGGAGUACUGGCCAGAGGCAAAUAGGAGUCGUGAUGUGUUGGACCGCAUCUCAGCGGCGACAAUGUCACGAUUUAACCCGAAGUAUUGUGAGGCGCAGAGCGCCAAACUAGACCCAAGAUCACAGCCCACGCCGCAGAUCUCGACGAACUUGGAGUUAGAACGACCAUCCGAUGCCAUUGACGUCGACCUCGUCUCUCCCGAUUUCCAGCCGCUCCAGUUCGGGAACUCAAAUAUAGGGAACGAAUACUUGUCCCCGUUCUACGAGGUCCAGGCCGACUCUUUCACAACCACCGACAUGUUGUCAUACUUCAUAGGUUCUGGCGGAGAUGGCAGUCCGAACAGUGCUCAGACGAUGGGGGAGUAUUACCCCAGCGUGGACGAAGUGAUACAGAACUUCUUUGGCGAUGGAUUCCAGGGGACCGGGCAAAAUCAGUAA